AUGAUGAAGCUCCCAGAAGUGGGAAAACACGACGACCGUGAGGAUCUCGGUGCCUUGAUGUGGUCUCCUAAUAAAGAUCUAACAGAGGCCAAAUUGGAUGAAUACAUAACGAGUGCCAAAGCGCUUUAUGGCUAUGAUGAGGUGCAGGCGCUCGGCUGGCUCCUGGUGCACGAGCACGACAUGGAAGCAGCCCUGGCGGACAUGCCAAACUUCACUCCUUCGGCUGAAGAGUGGACAGAGGAGGACAAGUCCUUGUUUGAGAAGGCUUUUGACAUCCAUGGAAAGUCCUUCAAAGAUUUUCAGAAAAUGCUUCCUCAUAAAUCUUGCGGCAGCAUUGUCAAAUUCUACUACGACUGGAAGAAGACGUCUGGGAAGGGUCACCAUGCCCGAAAGCGUAAGCACAGUGCUGCUCAGACGGAUAACACCAGGUCUGACCCAAUACCCACAGCGAGCCAUCAGCAUGCUGGGAAAAAGCGGAGGAAAUUGAAUCACCGUUAG